AUGUCCAAAGACCCCUACAAGACGCAUGAGGGCGGGGCCGGCGUCGCAGACAUCGCUGCUGUAGCCGCAGGAGCCACCACGGCCUUUGCAAACCCUAUGGGCUCGGUCCAAAACGCCCAGGCAGCAUACCACAACCACAAAUUUAUGAAGCUCCGCCAUGAGGGAAACAAGCAGGCCAUGGCAAAUGCGCCCGCAGGGGAAGAGAGACGGCGCCAAUGGUCAUCGCCAGAGAUGAUGGCCACGCUGGAAAAUGAUCUUCCGAUGGAUAAGGUUGGCCGUCUCAUUGACGACAAGAGGCCCAUGAGGGCUUCAGACCAGUUCCCAGAUACUGGGUUCACUGGGAAGCAUGGACUUUCGAAGUCUGAGGCUGGCGCUCUCAUGCACAAAUUCGAGACAGGGAACACUACAGCACGGAAAACUGAGACAAAGAAGGAUGAAGAGAAGAAGGAUGAGAAGAAGAAGAAGAAUAAAUGGUUCCAUUAA